UCGCGUGCCUGUGGUGCUGAAACUGCUCGUGCUUCCUUCAGUUGUUGCUACGACACAUCCCCGCGAGCAUCACUGCGCUCGCUCGCUCGCUCAACCGAGCCAGCUUUGUUCGGCCAAUUUCGACAAUGUCACCGCCGCUCGCCGUCGCUUUUGGUUCUAAAUAACCUUUUGACAUUCGUACAACUUCUGUAACGCGGUUCAUUUUCUCGAGGCACGACGUAGACGAGAAGUAUCCGAACCGCAUCCUUUAUGCACAGCACGCUGCUCCAGUCCUCCGAGCACCAUGGUCCGCUCCAGCCCCGCUCACUAGGCAGCAUGGAAGCCAAGCAACACCCAAUAAAGAGCCUUAAAAGCUAUCCGGAGACCGGCGGCCGGAGUCUGGCAGCUGCUGCCGGUGGCGGAGGAGGCGGCGGAGGAGGAGAAGGAGGAGGGGGCGGCGGGUGUCGUGUCGGCGUCUCAGCCGAAAGUGAGAUGGAGACGAAGAUCCAAAAAGCUGUCGACUUCAAGGCGGAGGGCCACCGCUGCUACAAGGAGAAGAAAUUCCGCGAGGCGAUCGGCAAGUACCACCGAGCGCUACUGCAGCUCAAAGGGGUGCACGUCGCCGACGGGACGACCGGCGGUUCCGAGGUCAACCUGCUGACUCAACAAGCCGCCGCCAAGCUCACAGAGGAGCAGCGGAGAGCUGUGGAGAGCACCGAGAUCGAGUGCUACGACAGCCUUACAGCAUGUUUGUUGCAGUCUGAGCUGGUUAACUACGAGCGAGUGAAGGAGUACUGUCUGAAGGUACUGAGCCACCAGAGGGACCACUUUAAGGCCAUGUACCGCGCCGGCAUUGCCUUCUACCACCUGGGGGACUACGAAUGUGCCCUGCGUUACCUGCGGGAUGCCAAGAAUCGCGAGCCUGCAGAUACCAACGUGCUGCGCUACAUCCAGCUGACAGAGAUGAAGAUAAGCAAGAGCGGCCAGCGGGAACGAGAGCUCGGCAAAGAGACGCAAGGCUGAUCUGACCCCUCCCUCUUUGGAAUCCUGCACCGACCCCCCCCCCCCUCCACCCUCUCCAUAUUCGCCAUACUCUCAUGGGCAACAGUUGUAGGAGAUGAUCUGAACUUCCUGUUUUUCCAACUCCUUCUUGGCUGUUUGUCCCUCAGGUGCUGUGGCUUUUUUUUCUCUUGACAAAAAAACAAAACAAAGAAAACUGCUGUAUUAUAACAACCCCGCCCCCCCCCCCCCCCCCCCCCGAAAAAAAGAAAUAGUGAAUAAUGGACAUUUGCGUUGUUUAGUGGGUGUUCUCAAAAACCAUUUUGUUUCCUCUGCCUUUUCUAUCCGGGUCGUGUGUGUGUGUGUGUGUGUGUGUGUGUGUGUGUGGAGGCCUUUUGGAGGGUCGUGUUUGGCUCUUUGAGAGGGGCGUGUGACAUAUCAAGACCAUCGUCCGAUUUGAUUGUACGUGCGACCCACCGAGAGGGCUCUCUUAAGCCCUUUGACCACACUUUCUUGGACUUUUUUUUAAAAUUUUUUUAAUUAAGGGCUAAUUUGAGUGUGUGUAAUCUGUUUUUGAUGUCCAUCUAAACCAGGGGUGGGCAAAGCGUUUAUGAUCUGGCCCACCGUUGCAGUCCUGUUCCAUUAAUUUAGAUGUUUUUAUCCAUAGGCGGAUUUAUUUAUAUUUUAUUUAUUUUUUUAAUUCAUGUUUGGGCCCGACCAAUUGAUCGGCAGGCGGAUUUAAUGGUCAAUUAUUGGCUCGUUCAAAAUUGGGAUAAUUCACAGCAAUUUUUUUUUUUUUUUGCAAUUGCUUGUUCUGCCUGUAAUUCAUAUAUUUAUUGUUGUGUUAAGGACCAAAAAACAUUUUUUUAUUAUUAUUAUUAUUAUUAUUAAUUAUCUAUUACUUUUUUUUAAUGAAUCAGACAAUCAUUCGGUUAUCUGACUUUUAUUCUGCCAAUAAUCGGCUGACCAAAAUCUAUCUUGGUCAGGGCCUAAUUUAUUGAUCUCAUUUAAUUAUUGGUUCAUUGUUUCAGUGUAAAUAAUAAUACUGUAUAGAAAUAUUAGUCCCAUACAGUUGCGGACAGGGACAUGGACAGGGACCCCCCUCCCAUAUCUAUGGUUACCUUUUUAAAAUUUAUAGCACUAAAUAACUGGUAAAUUAUUUAUUAAAAUAAAUAUUUUAUUUAAGCACAAAUAUUUGCCCACCCCUGAUCCAAAGACUGUAGUUGUCCAUAGCCUCGCUUUCAGGUUUGCUUAUGUUAAGAUUUGUUGUCCAAAAAAAAAGAAAUGGCCGCCCCCAAAGCCUAACCCCGAACCCCGUCACCUACAGGGUCGUUGUUGCGACUGUUCAGGUCAAUCUCCACCAAAACAAGUUUGCAUUAUCCCAAACAUGCACAAUUCAGUUCAGCCGAACAUUUGUUGAAAAAUGUCUUUUAUGGCACAAAAAAAGUUGGAGACUGCUGUGCUGUGUUUAGAAAAUAUCAAUGAUGUCAUCGAUGAAUCAAUUCCAACUCGACUUUCAUCUCAUUAAAAAAAAAAAACAACUUUAGCGUUCAACCCCUCACACGCAAACCGAUUUUUAGCAUCUUGUGUGUUUACUGCUUUUAUAGUACGUGGUGGGGGUUGUACAGACUAGUUGACAUGUUUCAAGCUUGACGGCGACUAGCUGCUAGUUUCUAAUCCCGUUUUUUGAACCAAAUUGAGUUUUCUUGUCUUAUAUUUCUAGAUGCGCAGAUUUGCUAAGUGUACGAGAAGAGGGAAAAGUCAAGCUUGAGCAGGGUUUUGAACCACCCUGUACGACUAAAGUAGAUGAAGAUCGGGGAAUUCUUCCACCGCGCACAAAGAGGUUCGGAAUUAUUUGCAGACGUUGCACAAUCCCACCAAGCGGAACUUGCUGCUAUGGUGGGCCCAGAACAAGGACAGGUUGUGCAAGCGCUACUUGACUGCAGAAAGCACACCGAGUGAGAAUAUUAUUUUUUCUUCCUGGCUUUCACCUAGUCCCUGUUAAUUAAUGUCUUCUAACAUGUAUGUCCAGUGUAAAUUCGAUGUAUAAACUGUCACUUGUCAAUGAAUAUAGAUUAUUGCAAAGCA